AUCAAUAGGAAGAAAGGCAAGGACUGCUUGACAUCUCACCUAACAAAAUUAUGGUGCUGAUCCCCUCCAAGCAGAGUAUAUACAAACAGUUGUCGGAUCCGAGGCUUUCAGUUUUUCUUUUUCAUUUCACUUGUCUCUUUCUCUGCCAAUUCGUCAUUUCUCUGCCAUCUCCAGAUCUCCUCACCUCCACACAAAUUACUAUUAGAUAACAAGAAGAAAAGCACAAGACAUAAGCCCACAGCAGAGCUUCUUGUGUGUAGAAGGCAGUGAGACUCAGAGCAUGGGACCGUCUCUUCAUUCUCCUCCUACACAGGUUUACCUGGUCAUGAUGGCAUAUGAUCCAGAAUACGAGCGUCUCAGGGCUGACAGCAAUAGAAGUGCAGCACAGCAGCUGGAUAGAUAUGUGAAGAACAAGCAUGACACGCUACUGCAAAGAACGUUGAAGCCCGGUACUUACAAGAAGCGUUUCUCUUGGGUGAUUGUCGAUGGUUUUGCAGCUGAGAUGACAUCUGACCAGGCGGACAAACUGAGAUCUGCAGAUGGAGUAAGAGUUGUUGAAAAAGACCAGGAGAUCGGCAUGUAAGAGUUUUUUGUGAUUUAAAUUAGGUUGUUAGUGAGUUGUGGGCAUGGAGUCAUUGUUUGGGUUUGAUGUCAGAUUCUUAAUUAUGCUCAUAAAAACCAUGGCAAUGAUGAGCUGAGACAUUAUCGCACGCAUCUCGUUUUAGCAAAAUAAUAAAUGGAAGGAUUAAUUCUAACAGUACCUAGUACCUGCUGUAAAGUUGAAUAAGAAUAGAGACAUUUUCAGUGGGCUGUACAAGAUCGGCCAGCUGACAGUCACUCGUAACAGUAAGAGAUUAAGCGCGUGGUACCUACAAAUACUGACCCAGUCAGUACCACUUGCAAGCAUUUUAGUUAAAACAGCAGUUGUUAUUCUAAGGCAAUUUUUUAUGCCAUUUGCAGUUUGCUUCUAAAUAAUUGUUGUGAUUAAGGGUCAAUUUUUUAUGCCGUCUAAAUCAACUAUUUGGUUAA